AUGGUGGCGCUUUCGCCUUCUGGGGGGACCCCCUCUGUCUCGUAUGACUAUCCUGUCAAUGGCAUUUCUGCCAGUUUGAGGGGACAAGGCACCAUACACGACAGAGAUGAGUUACCAAUCCGCCCCAGGCCCUCGACAGCGUCUCCAUCAUCAAGAGCACGAUCGUUGCUUGCAGCGUUCGUUGUAGUUUCAGCUGUCGUAUUUCUUGCUUACGCAUGCAGCUUUUUUAUCAGAAAAAGGGUAACUGCUUCGUCUUCUAGUCGUAGACUGGCAGACAGCUCGAGUGGGGAUGAAUGUGAGGACUCAAGAGACUCGAGUAGCACAGCUUCCCCUGAAGAGGCUUCGCCAGAAACCCAACAGCCAACGAGCAUGCAACUAACUCCUUCUGAUGAACUUCUGCUUUCCGAAUCAGAAACAGUGGAACCUACAACUUCAGCACGCUCAGCAGCCGCUGGGUAUGGCAAAGUGAUGCCGGGAGAAGAGUCCCCACCGUCAGAGGAACGAAGGAGUCCAACAGCUCUUAAGAGGAAAGGGGAAGAACCACCCACCCCGCGGAUGGGAGCAAAGCCCCCCAGACUUGAUAUACCAAUUGAGGAGACGGCAUCGCCGCCACCUCCCCCCCCUCUAGACCCUGAUUUCGAUGAGUUUAUUGAGAAGAUGUUGCGUGAAGCUGAAGAAGCCCUUUCUCCAGAUACUUGGGUUUCUGAAGAAGGUCCGAGGCUCACCACGAUGGAUUGGGGCCCUGAUUUCGAGCCCCCGGCACUGGAAGGUGACCCUCAGACGUCGGGCGCAGCCGCAGCCUCGGGGGGGCCAGCGUAUGAACUGCCCCCGACGACUAGUACGUUGCCAAGCGAGGUUGAAGAGCCCAAAGAAGAGAGUGUCAGUGCAGCAUUGUCACCCGCUGGCAGUUCAGGCAGCCAGAUGCAGCAAGGAUCGCCCCACGAAGUUGAAUCCCCGCCCAGUUCAGGCACCCAGAUGCAGCAAGGAUCGCCUCACGAAGUUGAAUCUCCGCCCAGUGGGCCUUUCCCCGAUGCAGCCGAGACGGCGACAGGGUCACCUGAAGAACUCGCAGAAGGAGCAGCCGCAUUUCCCAAAGAAGGAGGGGGAACCAGCUCUGAAGAAACAGAUGAGGAGCCCUUGCCGUCUUCGUCCGGGGACUCUGCCUCCUCGCCUGAGCUGCCGCCGGAGUUCAGCUUCCCUGAGGACAGUGAAUCACCUGAGCAGUUGGAGCCUGGGGCAGAGGGGCGUUCUGAUGCAGACGUUAUUGCCCGAUUCCCGUGGCUCGGGCACAAGUUUGGGAGGUUUCCUGAAAGCGAGCUGAUGCUGCAUCCGUUCUACCGCCAGCCCGGUCCUCUGCCGGAACUCGGCGACAGAGCCGUUAACAUGCGCAAAGUAGAACGGUUAGCCUCACGCAAUGCGUACCCAAGCGUAAUGCUUACUAAGUACAAAGAUAUAUUGAGGAUACCUGAGCUGACCGAAAGGGACAUCGGCGAAUUUAUACGCCAGAUAGAACGUCUGAUUGGUUAUGCAUUGGGGAGAAUGGCGGUGACGUACAAACGAAGCCAAGCGUCGUGCGCCAUAGACGCUCUGGGAAUGGCAUUUAUUACCCUCGAUGCGCUGUACUGCGCAGCAGAACUACUGGGUGACCGGUCGAUGAAGCAGCAUUGGUGGGAUCGGAUAAUUAGUCGCAUAGAGCCUUUACGAUACGUGCCAUCGAGGGAUACCCAGCUUACUGAGGAACGCACACGAAACGCAGACCUCGCGCGCGCGCUGGACGCCGCUCUGGAUUACUUUAGGGCAGGCGAGCGGCCCGCACCUAUCCUGACGAUCGGCUUGAAGGAGGCAUUGUUUUGUGAACCGGGCUCGUCGAAAUUUAGGGGCCACCUAUCCUGA